AAAGGGGCUUUAUGGGGACGUAAACAAACGUAGCUAGCUUAGCGAGCCGAGCGUUUAACACCGCGGCGGGUUAAUAAGAGCUCAAACUGAGCUUUUUACUGCUCGUUUGUCUCGUAUACCCGCGUUUACCCGUUUAAAACCCAUAAUAUGUAUAGUUAGGGCUGUCGUACAGCCUUAAAAUACGAAUUAAGAACAGCUGCUAGCUAGGUAGCUAGCAUUAGCUUGGUUAACUACUCGGCUAACAUCCUGUUUAAAUAGCGCACAGAUCGUAGUUAGCUGAGCAGUUUAACGCUAGCUGCUUAAGUUGGCUAGUUAGCACUAGCUGCCUAAGCUUUGAUGCGAGUUCCUCGGUUAGAUUUUGUAAUAAAUUCACUUUACUAGCUAUUAAAUUAGCUAGUUAACUAUUGAGUCAAUAAUUCGUUUCAGCUACUCUAUAUACUAGCUAGUCAAUAUUACAGGUCAGACUGGUAACGCUAGGUUAGCUAGUUAACUAACCAAGUGUUUCACCGCAUACGAGGCAGCACAAUGUCUACUUCUAAUUUUAAGAAUAAAUGCGUUACACAGGUGAACUGCAUUUACUGCGACAGUCUCCUCUGUACGAGAGGAAUGAAAGCUGUGCUUCUAGCUGAUACAGAGAUCGAGCUGUUUUCAACAGACAUGCCACCAAACAGGACGGUUGACUUUGUUGCAGGCUGCUAUUCCACAGACAGCUGCAAGUGCAAGUUAAGAGACAUCGCCUGUUUGAAAUGUGGAAAUGUAGUGGGUUAUCAUGUGGUGGCUCCAUGCAAGCCCUGCCUCCUCUCCUGUAACAAUGGACACUUCUGGAUGUUCAAUAGUGAAGCUGUGUCCACCAUCAACCGACUGGAUUCAUCAGGACAGAAUCUGCUGCUGUGGGGUGAUCUGCCCGAGUUGGAGGGCAGCGAGGAUGAGAGCCCAGGCAGCCUUUCAGACGAGGAGUACCUCAGAUAAAGAGACAGAGGUACCAAAUGCACUGGAGGUAUUGGACUGUACCACACUGAAUUUUUUGGGAGGGGCUUAACUCCCAGAAGCCUUUGUUUUAAGCACAUUCUUUCAAAGACUGGAGAGAAAAUAAGACUGCAAAGAGAAAAAACAAGACAAGACAAGACAUUCCAGCACAUGUUUAAUUGAUCUGUCUUUUGAUCGCACCCUCAGCAGCGGUUUGGUAGCAUCACAUUACGCAUUUCAGUAUAUUUAGUUUUUUAUUAUAUUGUUAUACUUUUGGUGUUAGGGUAUGUAAUUUGUGAAAUGCGUAAAGCAUUCUGAACUGUGAGCAUUUUGGGGUCACUUGAUUGGCACUGAUUGGCAUGUGACCAAUAUACAGUAUAUAACCCUAACAUGAGUAUAUGAGUCUAGCAUAUAAGCUGAUCAGCCAUAACAUUAAAACCGCCAGUGUAGGGUCCUCAGAGUGAUCUAACAGACUAAAACUCUGACUGACACUAUGGCCAUGAUGAUUUGCCGUCAGCAGCCGGAGUCCGAGAUAAUGCACAACUAGAGCAUGGAUUAUGCACUUGUCCUCACCCUGUCCUUGUGAAGGGAGCAUUGAAAGAACAUUGGAGGAGACCUGAUGACUGGUGAGUGGGUGGGUUAACAAUUAGGUCAGAUAAAUUGUAUGGAAAAUGAUGUAGUAUUUAUGUAGUAAAAAUAAAUAAAUAUUUAAAACACCAAAAAUAGCUCUCCCUCAUGACUUCAACCGAUUUUUCUUCACCCAUCAGUGGUUAUAAUGUUGUGGCUGAUCAGUGUACAUGUAUUCUGGAGGGUGGCCAAUAAUAAAACAAAAAAGAAAAUAUUGAGAUUUAUUUAUUAGGAAAUUAAACAAGCAAACAAGUGAUGGGGCUUAUAUGUACUUCUUUAAAACUGAUUGACUGACGUGUCAAUAUUUAUUUAUUUAUUAUUAUUAUCAUUUAUUAUUGUUUGUGGACAGCACACUUGAAAUGUGAACUAUGCGACAAGCAUUUUUCUGUGAAUGAUUUAACAGCAACUUUUUUUUUAACUGAUACAAAAUAUUUUAAUAUAUGCUUUUUUAUUUAUUUGGUUUUUUUGGGGGUUAAUUUGUGUUUUGGAUGUAGGAAGGGUCAGUGUAAUGUUUAGCAGAACUGUAUCAAGCUACAUUCAAAAAUAGAAAAUUGUGUAUAAAACUUAAAAAAAAAAAUCUGUUCAGAAGAAGAAAUGGGUUUUCAUACAAUUUUUCAAUUACCUAUUUUUUUUCAUUUCAGCCUUUCUUAAACAGAAUUUCAAGAAAAGUAAAAAGGGGAAUCUUCUCUCAGUUUUUAGAUUUGUCCAGUUUUGUAUUUUAUAAAAAAAAUGAUUGUAUAAUCCAACUUGCAAAAUGCAAAAAUGGAAAAAUCUGAAAAUAAAGAAAAAAUAUAUAUAUAUUUUUUUAUUUUAUUGAAAUUCCGACUGCGAGGGGCAGAGAUGGAAUAAAAAUUAAAAUUGGAAAAAAAUAUUUAUUGUACAGUUUUUACAUGCAAUUUUCUGUUUUUUUUUGCAUUUAGCCUACAGUGAUUAGAAAGUUACACAGAUCUAAGAAGCCAAUGUCAGGCUAAUGCAUCAGUAUAUCCAUAAUACAGUAUGCUUAGCAUUAGCUUAUAUACUUUUUUUUUUCUUCUUUUUUUUUAUAAUCCAAUUCAUUUUCUGCUACUGUUUCAUUUUUACAGUUUGGAUUUGAAGGUAUGUUUUAAGGUCACACUGCAGUACUGCAGUCACAUAAUUUCACAUUUUUAAUUUAUAUAUUUUUUAAAUCUGCAGUGAAUGAAUUGGCUUGCAUUUUAAAGAUUGCUGAUAUUGGUUGAUGUCACUUAAAUACAGGUUUUUACUGUAUUUUACUGUUACUGCAGUCUGUACAUACUGUAUACUGUUUAUACAACUUUUUUUUGUUUCUCUUCCGAACAGCCAAUCAAGGUCUAAAAUAAUAAUAAUGUUUAAAGAGCGUGCACAAGCUGAGCAGUUCUUUCCAAAGAUUAGUUUAUUUUCUUGUAGUUUUCUGAGAACACUGUGGCUCUCCUGAGAAUGACAAAAUGGAACAUGCAGCACAGCAAACGUGAACCAUUUGAGCUUUUUCCUGUUUUUUUUAUUAUUAUUAUUAUAAAAAUGUUUUUUUUUUUGCUGUACAUACACUCCAGUCAGUGUAUGUCCUUAUACAAUUGCCUUUUUAUUGUUUUUUUUUUUUUUUUUUUUGUAUACGCAUUGUCAUGAACACAAUCAUUAGACUGACAAACGCUGGGAAGAUGCUAUGAAGGCACAAAACUAUUGUACACAAUAUUACACUGUAUAAAAUUUCAAUUGUAGCCAAAGUCAAGCCAAACCUAGGCUUUAAUUUCUAUUCUUCUUUCUUUUAUUUUCUUUUCUUUUUUUUUAUCAGCCCAUUGACUCAUUGUAAAAGACUGAUAUUUGCAUUUGUAAAACAAUAGUUUACACAAUGGUGCUGUAUAGAUAAAUGAAUGAAUGAAUUAAUUAAUUAAUUAAUUAACUCUUUACUAGCAAUCCAUUUGCUGUUCACCAUUUCACUGUGAUUGAUUGAUUGAUUGAUUGUGCACCAUCUCAAAAUGUAACUCAUUUUACAUUAUUUAUUUAGGAUAUUUAAACUAAAUAUUGGCACAGUUAUCAUUGAAUUUAACUUUGGUAAGCACAACAAAAAACUGUAACACACUGAUGUUAAUUAGCUUGCUAAGUUGUGUAGCAAUUAUUUUCUGGCUUGAAUGAUUUUCAUUAAUAUAUUGACCAAAAUGAAAAGAAAGGAGUUAUUUUUUAAACUUGACAGAAGUUGUUUAUUUGCUGUAAUUUAUCAACAUUUUGAAUGUAUGUAUUUAUUAACGAACGUGAUGCUGUAUUUAUACUCGGAUGAUGAUACUCUGAUUCUCUUGCACCGUUGGAAAACUGAAAGAGUUUGUAUUUCUUUGAAUUUGCACUGGAAAUGUGUUCCUGGUUUGAACGUUGGGUUGUUUUGUACGCUUGCUGUCUUGAUAUUAAACAUUUUUUAAAAUGUGAA